AGAUGAAGGGUUACAUAUACAGAUGCCAGCCAGGCUACCAACUCUGAAACAAAGCGUGAACUGAGCGUUGAGAGGGCAACAGAACUCUCAAGUCCAGGAGCGCAAGAACUACUACUCUGCUAGGCCGAAGAGAGUAAACCAAUCAAUUGGCUUACUACAAGCAAAUGGAGCAGCAAGGCCAAUCCAGCGAUUCUGCCCAUUCCUACGUUAUAGAGAUGGCUCAGCUGGCAAAUGAGCUCACUGGGAAACUAGACGCCCUCAACUCGUCCCAGGCGCCGGUUGGCGGCGGGCGUUCUUCUUGUCCCAUCAUCGUCGCCAAGGUCCGCGACCUCACGCGCAACGUCGACUGCGGCGAGUACGAUCCUGACCACGUCGCCAUCGGCCCGUACAACUACCCUCGGCCCCAGAGCAGGAGCCCGCACCUCGCCAUGGAGCACGACAAGCUGACGAGUCUUGGCAAGCUGCUCUCGGCUGCAAGAGCCAUGAGACCCGACAUGACGGUGAACGUCUACAUCAACGAGCUCAGAUGCCUUGAAGAAUCAGUGAGGAACUGCUACGCCAACACGUUUGCUGACAUGACGAGUGAGCAGUUUGUACGCAUGCUCCUCCUCGACGGCUGCUACAUACUCUCCCGUCUCGUUGGCUUCCAAGCACAGCCCGCAGAUGAUGCAUCGGUGACUGUAGAAGUCGGCGUCCCAUCGGCGAACAGGGCGGAGGCUCUGGCGGUAGUCCGCGACGUCUUCUACCUCGCCGAGAACCAGAUACCUUUCUUCGUCCUAGAGAAGAUUGGAGAGCUGACGGCUUUGGAUGGUAAGGAUCGUGUGAUUAAAAAGAUCACAGAGUAUGCCCUCGAUCUCAUGAGAAGACAGAAGUAUAAAGAGGCAGCGCCUGCCAUGGUGCCGCCGCAGCCAACCGUGCCUGGCAAUCUUCUCCAUCUUCUUCAUAUGCAUUUGAAGCCUGCUCCACCCUCCGCCCCGCCUGCUGCCACCGUAAACGACUCCGAUCAAGUGCGCCGGUGGCGCUCAGCGACAGAGUACAGCUUCGCAGGGGUGAAGUUCAAGGGUCGGGCCAUGAAUGAGAAGGGCAUGCGCUCCAUCCUCGACGUGAAGCUGAAUAGAGGAGGCAGCACGCUGGAGGUCCCCCGCCUGGACAUCGACAGUGAGACGUGGCGGCUGCUGCGCAACCUGAUGGAGCUGGAGCAGCGGAACCGGGAGGCAGUGGGGAGCCACGUCACGGCAUACUGCGUGUUCAUGUCCCAGGUGGCCUGCACCACCAAGGACGUGGAGCUGUUGUCGAAGAGGGACGUCAUUGUACACGGCCACGGCAACAACGACGAGGUGGCCAAAUGCUUCGCCGACCUCUGCAAGGGGAUCCAAUUCGACCCUGACGACCCCGAGUGCAACUACCUGCGGGAGACAUGCUGGAUUCUAGAAAAGCGGUCUCGGAGCUCCUCACGGAGGUGGAUGGCAUGGCUGAGGCGGAAGUACUUCAGGAACCCAUGGCUUGUUAUCGGGCUCCUGGCAGCUGUCGUUGGGCUAGCUUGUGAAGUCGUGCAGGCAGUGUACUCUGUUUUGAGUUAGAAGCAUGGAUGAAGUAAGAAAUAUGAACAUCACGCGCUUGUAGACUUUAGGUUAAAAAUAGUAUUGUGUGUUAUGAGGUUUGUGAAAGGUCCAUUGGACAGCCGUGUUUAAUAAGGAUGUAAAAUAUGGGAGAUUUCUUGUUGGGAUUGUCUACUGGCCAGUCAAUUGAAUUCUCACUUUG